AUGGAUAAACACGCAACGCGGCUGCUGCGGCACCUCAAGCGAUUAGUGGCUCAGCAAGAGUCCAUCCAUUCGUCCCCCGUCAACAGAAACGAACAGAGGCUUAACGACGCGCCGGCAACUUCCCCAAAGGAUCCUCUCCUUUCCGAGACUCAGCGUUCUGCUCUCAUUCCUGCACCGACCGCAUUCCCCACGCUCGCAGCAGCCAUAGCAGCCGCUGCGUCGGGGACUACGAGCAGCAGGUCCAAGGAUCCGUCGCAAAGGGCAAUGAUGCCGCCCCCUAGCUCUCGCCCUUCCAAGGCACCUCGGCCUUCCGGCGACAGAACCGCCGCGACGACUGUUUCGCGACGCGCGGCCGCCGCUGCUGCUUCCAGUAGCCGUUCAACGUCGCUCGAUGCGCGCAAUGCGGUGGCUUUCCCGGCGCUACGGGGCUCGGAUUCGAACGUGUUGCGGCAAUGCAACAACACGGGGGUGAGCAGCAGGGAGAGCAGCGACAGUCUGCAGGACUCCUGCCGAAACGAGGACACGAACACCUCCGCAAUGAACAACGGCGAAGCGACCCCUGCCACCGCGGCCGGGGAGAGAAGUGGCAGGCGCAGCACCCCACAAAGCGGCACCGCGUCCAACGCCGCGUCGGACCGCGCCGCUCUUCCUAAGCCCCGUCCUGCUUCUAAGAAGCGGCCACGAGCGCCGCUAUCGCUGGAGAUACCCGCGACAGGCAGUUGCGACAACCCGGCUCCUAACGCCCUGUCCAACUCUCCCCGCUCCCUCCGCCAAGAGCGCGGCGCUUCCGUCUCCCCGCGCAGCCGCAACCGCGGUACCAGCGGCAGCGAGCCGGCGGUUCGUCAGCCGCCGGCAGUGCAGCUCCUGCAGUAUCUCCAGUCGCUGCUGGUGGCGCGACCCGAGUCGCAGGAGCAGCAGAAGGAGCAGCGGGAGCAGCUGGCGGCGCUAAACGCGCUCACUAUGGACCUCCUCGUUGAAAACGUCGUCCUUGCCAUGACUAACAGCGGCGGCGGCAGCGGAGAUGCCUCUGGGGCCGUUGCUGCUGCGAACGACGAGAAACCGAGAGGUUGCGGCGAUGGGAAUAAUCUGCGCGUGGCGCCGCCGCCUGCUGACGCCGCGUGGACUAAUAUGGAUGCGCUUCGGGCGAACGAUGGCGGCAAUGGCUCUGUUAAAGACGACGGUUGGAACGCCGGAGCGAAUUCUUUGGACAGCAGCGCUGCUGCCUGUGCUUCUGCCUCUGCUGCUGUGGCAGUGAUAUUGCUUGCUGCUUCCGCCGUCUCCUCCUCCGCAGGUGCACAAGCUCCCCACUCGACCGUCUCUCCUGCUGCUUCUGCUGCGAGGCAGUUGUCGCCUUCCGCCCCUGUCCCUCCGCUUGUUUCGCCGUCGUCGCCCUCCGCGAAGGAUUCCCCAUCUAUUCCUCCCAUGUUUCCACGCCUGGAGAGCAUUGCGGAGUUAGCCACCCCGGUGGAGACCAGAGAUGAAAGUGUCAAGGCAGUGGAGCAAACUGCAGACGCUGCUUGUGAGAAUGACCCAUCGGCUGCUGAAGGCUGUGAAGUCUCACUUCCCGGCGUUUCAUGGGACGAGCUUUUGAAAUCAAUGCAGGACCAAUCAGGGGAUGUCGUCGCAAGCAGCGGUUGUGGAAUCGGCAGUGGCAUCCCAUCACUGGAUGACGAAGUGUUUGUGGAUAAAGAAGCAGGGGAACCGGCGUUGGAAAGGAGUGCGAGUGGAGGGGGCACUGAGUCUGCUGACAUGAAACAGAUGCAAGAGCUGCUUGCAGACCUGUUACAGUCACCGGACUUGUUGGAUGCUUCUGCUCCUGCUGAAGGCUCAGGCUACGGUUGCGACGUAAUUAGUACUGUAAUGGCAUCCGCAAGCCCGCCCGCACCCAAGAGUCCUGAUUCUGAGAAAGAUGGUACGGCUAAUCCCAGCACCACUGCUGCAGCAGACAUCACUGACAUUCCUGCUUCUUUCGCUUGUCAACCUCGUACUUCCCAAUUCGAAACUGAUUUGGCCCAUUUAGAGCCCUCCUCCCCAUCAGCACCUGUCUCUGACGCGUUCGACGAUUUCGAUAGUGUUACCGAAGUGGGCGUCGCGCGUCUCGCGGAGCCCGCGAUUGGAGAGAGGGCAUUAGGUGAGCCGGAACGCGCAACCGCCGCUUUGCAGAAUGGACCGUCUUCCGCGGAAGACGCCAACGACGGUGAAGUUCCCCCGAGCCCCGCAGCCGCAGCUGCAGCUUCCGCGGGCGGCGCAGCCGGUGGGGAUGCGAACGUUGACCGCGCGCCGGAGGGCGAUGCGCGCAGUCAGAGAGCGGAAAACGACGACGGCGCGGCGAGUCAAUGCGGGGUUAACGAUCGGCGAGACGAGACGAAGGGCGGAGCGGAACUCGGUGAGGAAUCGCAGAGGAAUUGGGGCGACCAUGGGUCGGGACAAACGGCGGAGGAGGCGAAACGCGAAGAGCGGGUGACAGGGAACGAUGGCGAGGAGUUUGGCGAAGUCAAGGGAUCGGCUGGAGAAUCGUGUGAAGCGGGAGCAGCGGCACGAGAAAGGGAGGGGCCGGAGGAUGCUGCAUUGAAAAUCGAAUUGGAAGAAGAUGAUCGCAGGCAACAAACGGAAACCGAGCUUGUAACGGAUGGUCCAGUAACGGAUGCCGCGCUUACCACUGACCUCGUCGAUAAUGCUCCGCUACUGGACGAUGCCAUUGCUGACGGUGUUGAAAUAAUUUCGGAUAUUUCCAAGCUGGGGUUAUUCGAUGGGCCUGUAACCGGUGACGCUGUAACGGAUGUUCCUAUAGAGGACGGUGCCCUUGCCGAUGAUUCUUUCGCGGACGAUGAUUUUCCCGAGGAUGACCCGAUAGUGGACGAUUCGUUACUGAACAAGCUUUGUCCAAUCCAAGACAUUCCGUCCCCUACAGACUCUGCAGAACUCGCGUCGUCAGCCGAAGCAGCCAUAGCCGCGUUACAAUCGCCGUCCUUCCCCUUCCCCGUCCCCACCGCCGCGCUCCCUAAGGAGGCACACCUGCUGCUGUCGCUGCUGGCGCAAGACGCGCUAGACCGCGAGCAGUACCGCCGGUGGCGGGAGCGGUUGCGCGUGGCGCAAUGGGAGUGGCGGAACGAGCACGAGCGGCGGAAGCGCGAGGUGAGGGAGGCGAUGGAGUGGGAGGCGCGCAGCCACGAGCGCGCGCAGGAGGACGAGGAGCAGCGCAUUCGGCGCGCGCGAAUGGCCGCGCGAGCCGUGGCGAGUGGCGCAGCGGCUUAUGGCGAGCCCCGCGCGCCCUCUUUCCCGCCACCUGCCCCCGAGCCACGGCUCUGGUACGACGAAUGCUUCGACCCCGCAUACCCCCCCCACCGCUUCCACCACCACUUCCGCAUGUCCCCUGCCACAUUCGACCACCUAUUCUCAUGCCUUCUCCCCAUAGAAGGCGUGCAUCUCCCCUCCACCGCGCCCAAAAUCCCCCUCCGAAUGCGCCUCGCCGUGUGCCUCUGGCGCCUGGCUUCCGCCGAGCCGCUGUACUUAGUCUCUAGAAGGUUCGGUCUAAGCGGUGCCAUGUGCUCGAGAAUCCACCAUGAGACCUGCGCCACCAUCUGUCAAGCCCUCCUUAGAACGCACAUCCACAUGCCGUCGUCGCCUGCUGACCGUGCAGCCGCAGCAGGGAGGUUUGAGGAGGUGUGUGGGCUUACAGGGGGGUGUGUGGCGGCGCUACACACGACGCAGAUCGCCAUGAACACGCCUCGCACGGGCGAGAGCAUGCGCGAGUAUGAGAAUCGGCGGCUGUCGGCGCGGCGGCAGAAGAUGGUUUAUUCCGUGGCGGUGCAAGUGGCUGUGGGAGCAGAUGGGCUGAUUCUAGACGUGUCUGCUGGGCCUGGGUCGCUGACUGACAGUGACGUGCUUUUGCAGUCUCAGUUGUACCAGCGGGUGAGCAAGGACGAGGAGAGGCACAGGCAGGGGGGAUUUGGGGGGGAUGAGGAGGGGAAGGGGAGGAGGAGGGGGGAGGCGGAGGGGAAGAGCAGCAGUGGUGGGGAGGGGAUAGUUCCUCGGGGGUUCUUUCUUGUGGGCUGGCACUCCUUCCCUCUGCUCCGAUGGCUGCUCACUCCUUUCCCAGAUAGAGCCGCACGCAACCAAAGCACAGCUGCUCUCGCUGGUGAGGCAGCAGCACCGCAUUCGUCCGUGAACCUAGCAGAUCUACCUACAGAGUUGCUCGUGCGGCGCAAAGGCAGCAUUCCCAUACCCGACAGCAUGGAGCAGCUACAGAGGGCGCUAGAUGGCAUGCGAGAUGACGCGGGGCACGGGCGAGUGGGUGAGACACGGCCGAGGAAACGGGGCCGGCCACCUCUGCAUGCAAGAAGGGUGAUUCGCGAGGAGAGUAGGAGCUGGUGGGCGGGCGAGAGGGAGAGGAGGGUGGAGAUGGAGAGAGUGGGUGCUGCGGCACUGGAUGGGGAGGGUGGGAGUGGGGGGGGUUCCGUGAGAGGGGAUUUAGGGACAGGCAGAGGCAGGGGUAGGGGAGUGGGGAGGGGUGGGAGUGGGGGAAUAGGGAGAAGUGAGUUCGUGGAAGGGGAAUUCGAGGGGAAUGAUGUUGCUGACAAGAGUGGUGGUUGUGGCAGUAGUGGCGGUGGUGGCGGUGGUGCUGGCAGUGGUGGUGGUGAUGGUGGUGGUAAACGGCUGACUAUAUUAGAGAGGUUGGGGAGGGAGAGCAUGUUGCCUGGCGGUCAGCUGCAAUAUAACCAAGGCGUUGAAAGGGCAGUGGCAGUGGCGCGCAAUGCAGUGCGCCGGCUGCGAAGCAGAUGGAAACUUUUAAGUAAGCGUGCGGAGACAAAAGUGGAGGAAUUGCCGGAGAUUGUGGGUGCGUGCUGCGUGCUCCAUAAUCUGUGUGAAAAGCGAGGGGAGCGGUAUGACGUGGCGUGGGAGGAGGGUGUGGGGAAUGAGGAGGAGGAGGACGCUGACGAGGCAGCCAAGUCAGCUGCUGAGGUGGCGGAGGAGGAGGAGGUGAGACGCGCAAGCAAGAGAGCAAGGAUGGGAGGGGAUCGGGGUGUGGGACCCAGGGAAGCGGCUUUGGGCCUUGGAGAAAGGAGUAGGUUGAGAGUGGUGGAGGAGACGGGGCGGAGGAAGGGUGGGAGAACAUGA